AUGGCCACAGUGGAUAAACUGGAACAACUCAAUCAGUAUCCAGAUUUUAACAACUAUCUGAUAUUUGUUCUUACAAAAUUAAAAUCUGAAGAUGAACCUACACGGUCCCUGAGUGGUCUCAUCUUGAAGAAUAAUGUGAAAGCUCAUUUUCACAACUUUCCCAACGGGGUAACUGAUUUCAUUAAAAGUGAAUGUCUAAACAACAUUGGUGAUUCUUCCCCACUAAUUAGAGCCACUGUAGGUAUUUUGAUUACAACCAUUGCCUCAAAGGGGGAAUUGCAAAACUGGCCUGAACUCUUACCAAAGCUUUGCAGCCUGUUGGAUUCUGAAGACUACAAUACAUGUGAGGGUGCUUUUGGUGCUCUUCAGAAGAUAUGUGAAGAUUCUGCUGAAAUCUUAGAUAGUGAUGUUUUAGACAGACCCCUCAAUAUCAUGAUCCCUAAAUUUUUACAAUUCUUCAAGCACAGCAGUCCAAAAAUAAGGUCCCAUGCUGUUGCCUGUGUCAAUCAGUUUAUUAUCAGUAGGACUCAAGCUCUUAUGUUACACAUUGAUUCUUUUAUUGAGAAUCUCUUUGCAUUGGCUGGUGACGAGGAGCCUGAAGUACGGAAAAAUGUCUGUCGGGCUCUUGUGAUGUUGCUGGAAGUCCGAAUGGAUCGUCUUCUUCCUCAUAUGAUUAGUAUAGUUGAGUAUAUGCUUCAGAGGACCCAGGACCAAGAUGAAAAUGUGGCUUUGGAGGCUUGUGAAUUUUGGCUGACCUUGGCUGAGCAGCCAAUUUGUAAAGAUGUACUAUGUCGCCAUCUUACUAAGUUAAUACCUGUGUUAGUAAAUGGUAUGAAGUACUCCGAAAUAGAUAUUAUUCUGCUGAAGGGGGAUGUUGAAGAAGAUGAAGCUAUUCCAGAUAGUGAACAGGACAUAAGACCACGUUUUCAUCGUUCACGAACAGUGGCCCAGCAGCAUGAAGAAGAUGGUAUUGAGGAAGACGAUGAUGAUGAUGAUGAGCUUGAUGAUGAUGAUACUAUUUCUGACUGGAAUUUAAGGAAGUGUUCUGCUGCUGCACUCGAUGUCCUUGCCAAUGUAUUCCGUGAUGAACUUCUGCCACAUAUUUUGCCCCUUCUGAAAGAAUUGCUCUUCCAUCCAGAAUGGGUGGUCAAAGAAUCCGGUAUCCUGGUUCUAGGAGCAAUUGCUGAAGGCUGCAUGCAGGGUAUGAUUCCAUAUCUUCCUGAACUAAUCCCUCACCUUAUUCAGUGCCUCUCUGAUAAAAAGGCUCUUGUGCGCUCCAUUACAUGCUGGACUCUUAGCCGCUAUGCACACUGGGUAGUUAGUCAACCCCCAGACACAUACUUGAAGCCAUUAAUGACUGAGUUGCUAAAGCGUAUCCUGGAUAGCAACAAGAGAGUACAAGAAGCUGCCUGCAGUGCCUUUGCUACUCUAGAAGAGGAGGCUUGUACAGAACUUGUUCCUUACCUUGCUUAUAUACUUGACACUCUGGUCUUCGCAUUUAGUAAAUACCAGCAUAAGAAUCUUCUUAUUCUUUAUGAUGCCAUUGGAACUUUGGCAGAUUCUGUAGGACAUCAUCUAAACAAACCAGAAUACAUACAGAUGUUGAUGCCUCCACUAAUCCAGAAAUGGAAUAUGUUGAAGGAUGAGGAUAAAGAUCUCUUCCCUUUACUAGAGUGCCUGUCUUCGGUUGCCACUGCCUUGCAAUCUGGCUUCCUUCCAUACUGUGAACCUGUAUACCAGCGUUGUGUAAACCUGGUACAGAAGACUCUUGCACAAGCCAUGUUGCACAAUGCUCAGCCAGAUCAAUAUGAGGCUCCUGAUAAAGACUUCAUGAUAGUGGCUCUUGAUUUACUCAGUGGCUUGGCUGAAGGACUUGGAGGCAACAUUGAACAGCUAGUGGCUCGCAGCAAUAUCCUGACAUUAAUGUACCAGUGCAUGCAGGAUAAAAUGCCUGAGGUACGACAGAGUUCAUUUGCCUUGUUAGGUGACCUGACUAAAGCGUGUUUUCAGCAUGUUAAGCCUUGCAUAGCUGAUUUCAUGCCGAUUUUGGGAACCAACCUAAAUCCUGAGUUCAUUUCUGUGUGCAACAAUGCCACAUGGGCAAUUGGAGAAAUCUCCAUUCAGAUGGGUAUAGAAAUGCAGCCUUAUAUUCCAAUGGUGUUGCACCAGCUUGUAGAAAUAAUUAACAGACCCAACACACCAAAGACGUUGUUAGAGAACACAGCAAUAACAAUUGGUCGUCUUGGUUACGUUUGUCCUCAAGAGGUGGCCCCCAUGCUACAGCAGUUUAUAAGACCCUGGUGUACCUCUCUACGGAACAUAAGGGACAAUGAGGAAAAAGAUUCAGCAUUUCGUGGGAUUUGUACCAUGAUCACUGUCAACCCCAGCGGAGUAGUCCAAGACUUUAUAUUUUUUUGUGAUGCUGUUGCAUCGUGGAUUAGUCCAAAAGAUGAUCUCAGAGACAUGUUCUGUAAGAUCCUUCAUGGAUUUAAAAAUCAAGUGGGGGAUGAAAAUUGGAGGCGUUUCUCUGACCAGUUUCCUCUUCCCUUAAAAGAGCGCCUUGCAGCUUACUAUGGAGUUUAACCUCAUGCACUCAAGCUGCAGUCCCAUAAUUAGAGGUCCUUCAGUCUGGGAGACUAUGAGGGAGCCUCUGCACCCAGGGAAAAUGUUACCCUUUACUGGGGGGAAGGGUAAACCAGUAGGGAAUACAGUACAAUCCCAACCCUACUGGGAGGGGCGGGAGGGAGGUGUUGCCGUCACUGUAUUAAGUCGAUGUUGGGAAAUGUUUUAACAUCUGGAGCUUUUGUGGGUGGAAAUCUGUCUCCUAUUACAACUCUGCACUGGAUGUGAAGAAGCAAAAAAGAGAAUCUAUUCACAAAACAGCACAUUCUGGAAUAUGGGGAAUUGUACCAAAACAAGAACCAUAUAUAAUUGAACCAUAGGGAUACGUAAAGAGGAAAACUAUUUUGCGCACAAUAAAGGAAACCUAAGAAUGGGAGUUAAAAACAGUAAAUGGCUUUUAAGUAAGGUUUUUCUACAUUAUUUCAUCCUGCUUGAUGGGAUUCCUAGGUAUUUGCAUGUUAAUGAAGAACUACACAAAUGAAGUUAGUACAGUUAAAAUGCAGCUUGCUGCCUGUAUUAGGAACAGGCACUUGCAGUGUACAAUAUAAAACCCCAUAAUAAAGAAUAAAGGUUAACUUUAACAAAAUGAAGCAACCUGCAAGAUGCCAAAUGAGUCACUCCUGUCAUUUUUUGGGUGGGGGGAGGGACAUUUCAAAGGAAAGAUUGACAUCUUCAUUUUUACAUUAAAAACUUUAAAGUAGUGGAUAUGAUUUGAUGGUUGUACUUCAUUAGAUUUAAUUUCUAGAGUAAGACAUUAUUCUUAACGUGCAGUUUAAGGUUCAGGCAUGCAUUCUGGCUCAUAGUGAUCAGAAGUAAUUUAAAUAGUGGGAAAGUAGCAUGUUUUGCAUCACAUAGAGUGAGGAUUGGUAUACAUUUACCUAUGUUGCGCCAGUUUUGUGUUGCAGUUUACCAAUUCAAUAUAGCCCUGCAUUUAAAUUUCCUUUUAAAGAUUCUGUGGAUUUUAUUUUUAUUAAGAAUAUAGAUAUAAACUACUGUAGUUUACAAUUAGGCCUUGAAAUACCUUUUUAGAAUCUGUUAAGAAUAAGAUUGAUAUUGUAUUGUGUGUAACCUGCACAAUGUGGAAAGCUGAUAUAGCUGUGCAAAAUAUUUGCCUCUGUGCUGUCAGUGUGAUGUGCUUUCUGCAUGGUUAUAUACUACUAGUGAUUUUAUCAGAACUUCUAAAAAUGAGUUAUAUGGUAAGACCUGUUAAAGGCUGCAUAAAUGUUAGUUGGCACGUAAAGACAAUUGUAGAAAUUGAUGACAUGAUUGCUAUAUUUGUUUAUUCCCACUCAACAUAGUACCUUCUAUGCUUUCUUUUUUUUGUUCAAAGCAUGAUCUUAGAGAUGUUUAAGUUAAUGGAUGUAAUGCAGGGUAUCUACACUGUAUUGGCGCAUGUUGGUGGCCCUUUGUGUCGUAGUUAAAUGCACAAGGGUGCAAGUUAAAAGCUACAGAGUGAAAGUUGGUUUGGAUCCUCUUCAUUUCAUUUGUUUAGCUUUUCUGUUGUGUUUUUUCUCUACUUACAUGUAUUCCUGUGAAUAAAUCCUUGUUAAGUUAAGCCUUUACUUUUCCUUCCAUGUGUAUUUUCUUAUGUACUGUGAAUGUGAAACCUAACUGGUGCACUUGAUCUUGUGUCCAUCUGAAAGUGGCAAGUCUUUUAUUAAUUUAGAUUGCCUAAAGAGUAUCCCAUGAUGAUAAAGGAAAAUGGAGAGAUUUUAACUCUGCUGGUCAGAGGUGAAGCCACACCUUUCCAUUUUUCAAGUGCUGCAUAAUUAAUCUGCAAAACAAAAUUAAGCCAUAACAGCCUUUUUAUAGAUUUAGUUUUCUCACCUUUGCAUUGCAGAAUGAAUACUGGAUAACAGUUUUUGUAAGAACUUACUCUCCUUUGCAUGAUUCUAUUCUUUUAAAGGUGUUGAAUGAUUUAGCCAUUGCACUGAAGUUUGAGCUGUGUGAGUGUGAAAUUUAUAAGUGCUGUUUGAAGAGGCUUUUUUGUUGCUGUUGUUUUUCUUUAAUGCAUGGUAGCAUGCACAAGUUCUACAUAUUUCCCCUUGACCUGCCUCCUCCCUCCCCUUUUUUUUGGCUUCGCAAACUUGAGUGAAAUAUAUAUGCUUGAAAAAUAGUAUUUGGGCAUAAACUAAAUAAAGUGAAUAAGUAUCAUGUAUUAGCAUUACUCAGUUGAAUUUGUUUAAUCAAAACUGCAUGUUAUUUGCUUUUAAAAUCAAUUUUUUGGUUAGAAAUUACAAAACUUCCCUCCAAAUUAUUAAAUUUAAAUUGAAAACAUAUUUUUCUUUUCAUGUAAAGAACCCAUUUAAAACCCAAAUCCAACAGUUAUGCUACUAAAAAUAACAAGGUAGAAUCUUGCCUUAGACCAAAACUUAUUUUAAUUUCUGUUUAAAUUAAACAUCAGGGAAUAAUUUCUGAUGUUAACAUUUUGUAGACUAGAAGAUCUACCUUAAAUAUACCACAGUGGUUUUAAGAAUGAAAUUGUUUAGUUUUAAAUAAAUUACAGCAAACCCUUCUAGCUGAAAAAAUUGCCUGUCAGAUUAGCAUGUGUUACACAUUUAUGCAUAUAUUUAAAAAAACAGGUAUUUGUACAGAUGUGAAGUGAUCUGGUAUAACAGUAAGGAAGACCAAACCAAUGCAAAAAAAAGCAGUACUAUCAAAUUAUAUUUUUUAGUUUACUAGGUUCUCCGAUGGUAUAUCUUUAAAAACAAAGAUACCAUAUUCCUAACAUGUAGUAUAGUACAGAGAUUUGCAGAAGCCAUUUAGGUUAUAACAUGAGGUAAGGAAAGUUCUGAUUCAUCAUUAACAGUUGUAAUUCAAUUUAUUGCAUCAUGGGAUAUAUAAAAAUUAUCUUAAUUCUUGUGGUGUAGUCUUGACAGUUUUUGAAUGUUGACUGAAUGUUUAUACUGGUAGAAUUGUGUCUUUGUUACAUUCCAGUGUUUCUGCCUCUUGGCAUGCUAAAAGAGCACGGCUUACUUCAUUUGCUCCUUACACACUGAAUAAAGUGCUGUUAGUGUGCUGAACUACAGAAAUAGCCGCUGCUAAGUGAUGAUGUAGAUUUUCUACUUGAAUAUUUUUGUUGUAGGAACCUCAGGAGGUCAGUGUUUACUGUUUUUAUAUAUGCCUUCUUUCUCCUGUUUGUUUCCCUUUUUGAAGGAUUCUAACAGUGAACAAAAGCUACUGAUCAACCUAAGUUGGUAACAGAAAGUGUAUUUAAAAUCUCUUUUUGGCAGUUCUAAAUUGCAGUUAAAUUGAAUAUUGAUGUGGAGUUCAAUACUACAGUCUUUCAUUACGCAUUCAGGAAAUGAGUCUUUUCAUUAAAAUAAAAUUUUAGACCAUUUCAUGAUUUUAGCCAAUGUAAGCAAAAAUAUCAGUUUUGUAAAUUUUCUGGAGCUUGAUUAUUUUCUGAACAGGUAUGUAGAUAUUAAAAUUGUAAUAAGCUAGUUCUUAUCCAUUGACUUAUUGCAAUGAAGAGGUUGUACUCAAUAGAUCACUUUUAAAAGAAUGGGUUUAAAAUCUAUAGCCAUUAUGAUUUUUAAAGUUAUGAAGUAGCAUAAAUUUUUAUAAUAAACUGUUGAUAUUCACUGUGACUUUUGUUAAGACUUUUACUUUAGCAUUGAUUUUAAUGACUUAAAUUGCAUAUACUGUAUAAUAUAAUCAAAUGUAUAUUUUAAAAUGGCUUUCCUCAAGCAAAAUUCAUUGCUACUUAGAUAUGAAAUAUUAAUGUACUAGCUUUAUCUCAGGUGAAUGCUCUUGUACCCUUUUGUUCAGAAUACGUGCUUACAAAAUGUCUUAAUUAAAUCAGCUUCUGUGCUUCAUAUUAGACAGUUUUGUCUUAUUCUUAAUUUAAAUUAACCACCUACUGUGGGACAACAAUGGUUUAGCUUCACUUAAAUCACCUAUUUAUUCAUAUUGAAUAUAUUAACAGGUAAAGGUGCAGAAACAUUCUUCCUUAGAGGAGAAUGCAUCCAUGUGUAACAGCAACUAAAACACUUUAUAGAUAGUACUCAUAUGCAGUAUUGCAUAGGAAAUAUUUUCAAAUAUUAUAAAGAACCAGUUAUAAAGAACCAGCAUUGGUUGCUCUCACAGCUAUUUUUGUCAUGUAGGCUGAUAGAUUUUUUUUUAAAUACUACAUAAGAUCUAGAUUAUCUAAUGUUUUUUAUUGUAAUCUUAGGUGAAGCAAGGUUCAUUUCUUUAGCAAAACUGCUGCUGUGAUCUUUAAAAAGCCAUGCAGUAAUGUUAGACACUGUAAUUUUACAUGCUCAUUAAAUAUGAGUUAUUGGCAAUAUCAAACUAUUCACCAUUAGGUACACUAGUUAAAGGCUGCAGACAGACCUGGUAAGAUGCAUCUACCAGGCUCUAAAUAUCAUUUUCUUCUCUUUUUUUUUUUUGGCUACAGCCAGUUUUUGUUUUUUGCACUUAAUUGAUGGAGCAAAUCAAUUUUAGAUUAUCCUGUAUGAAAAUUGUAAUAUGGUCAAUUGUUGCAGCUUGCCUUCCAGAGUAGAUUGUGCUAAAAUAAUGAAGAUGCUUGUAAAUCUGAAUGUAUUUACAUGAAGGUAAUAAUGGCUGUUAAAAGUGAAUUGUAUGAUUUAUUAGAACAAAUGUUUAAACAAAAAUCUUCAUGUAAAGUAGUUUCAUUAUAGUACACUAUAGUACUAUAUACACUAUACUACUAUAGCUUACAUUGUAGUACACUAUUUUUUCUGCAAGUCAGUUCUGUUAAACUAUUUUUCACCUUAGAUGCAUAUCUACUGUGGGUGAACUGCAAAACUAAGAAAGCCUGUGUGACUUGUGGUACCAGUGAUUGGGCAGCCAUUAUUACAAAGCUUUAUCUGAUUAUGAAAACUGUCAGUAAUAGUAUGUUAUCCCUCAGAAAGAAAGGGGAGAGGGGGAGGGGCCUGUCAUGUUGUAAAUGACCUAAUUUAUUAUUAAGCAGUUUCUAAAAUUUAAAGUAGUUCAGAAUAAAAUGACUGGACCUUUCUGCUGACAACUUAGGUUGUAUGAGUUUUGCUUAAAAGCUUUAAAUCCAAUGUUUCCUUUACCUGCCACAAUGUUAGAAUGUUUCCUUCAAACGUAUCCUCCUGCAACCUCUCAAGCUGUACUAAAUUGAGUGAUAUUUCUUGAAGUCUGCCUCUGUGCUAACAAAACUUCAUUUUAAAUAGAAUAUGGUUUUAAUUUUUGAUAAGCUGCUGAAUUUUAAAGAGUUUUUGGGGCCACCAAAUAUUUUGGAUCAUGCAGAGAAUAUAUAUUGUACUGUAGUAAUUUUGUAUUUACAUUUGUAUGAUGUGACAUAAUAGAUGUGAAUGUUAUAAUCACUGCUUGACUAUGUUAAUAAAGUUGUUUAAAUAUA